AUGUCCGGCAUUGGCAUCAUCAUGGGCGAAAAUGAGACCUUGGGUGGCGUCUUGACAUCGGAGGAAAUACAGGCUUCACAAAGACCUCACCUCAACCGCGCCGCGUUAGUAGAGAAGCACACCCGCGAGACAAAGGAGUGGCUCGCUACACUAGAUCUCCUCGAUGACAAUGACCACGACGACGAGCCGCCCCAUAUACGAAGGGCUGAAAGGGUGGCUCCGUGGAGGGACCUCCACGGGUCAAGAGGAACCACCACACGGGGAAAGGAGGGAGGCGGCGGCAAGACGAAAGGGCCCAAAAAAACAACGCAUGGAGAACGCCGACAGCGCAGUCUAUCAGCGCCCGAGACUUCCUCUCAACGGAGAGCCGCUCAGAAAACUCUGCACGCUGAGUCAAAUCGUCGACAAGAGUGGGAGAAGAGGCCGACUGUCGACGAGACGGACUACGCCACUGCGGUCUUCACAGAGGAGCUCGUAUGGGGACAGAGAUCCGACGAGUCGGGGGGUUAUCUUGGCACAAGGAGGAACGGUGAUUGA